GGCCGCUGAUAUCGAUUUGGGUAUAUAUUGGGGCCCCUCUCACUAGAUCAGCACAGUUCGCUAACAGUCCUAGUCCAUUCUAGGAGGUUUAUAGCUCAGAAGGAUAUUUAUUAUUCAGAGCCUCUAACUCGAAGAGUCAUCAGAAUGAGAGCUUUUGUGGUAGUUGCGACCCUUCUUUUGGCGUCAACAUGUUCGGCUUCCAUUUAUGGUGCUGUGUCGACACAAUACCUUUCACAAGAUCAUUAUGGAGGAUACGCAUACGGAUAUGCCGAGCCAAAUUCCCAGAAACAGGAAACACGCUCUGCUGAUGGAACGACACAUGGAUCAUACUCAUACGUUGAUGCAAAUGGUCUUCUUCAAUCAGUUUCGUACAUUGCUGAUCCCCAUAAUGGAUUCCGUGCCUCUGGAACCAACUUCCCACAAGCACCAGCACCAGUUGCGCCUGUAGUUCCUCAUGCUCCCGCUCCUUGGGCUUAUGCUGCUGGACCAAUUCAUAUUCCGGUGAUCACACCUCUCGGCGUUCCUGCUGAUACCCCUGAUGUUGCCGCUGCUAAGGCUGCUCACUUCGCCGCUCAUGCUGCUGCUCGUUAUGGACAUCACUUGCAUAAAAGAUCACUCUGGGGAGGUCAUGCCGCUUGGGCUCCAGCUCCUGUCAUCCACAACGGUGUUCCAGUUGAUACCCCUGAAGUGCAACAUGCCAAAGCUGCUCACUUCGCUGCCCAUGCUAAAGCCGCUGCUGAAACCCAUGCCUACCCCGGAAACGCUAUUGCCCCAGCUGCACCACAUGGUGGUUACCAUGUCCCUGUUAUUCAUAAUGGAGUUCCAGUAGACACACCUGAAGUACAACACGCUAAAGCAGCCCAUCUUGCCGCCCUCUCAAAGGCUUCCGCUCAAGCUGCCGCUGCUCCAGCUGCCUAUCCAGGUGCUUAUGCUCAUCCAGGCGCUUAUGCUCAUCCUGGCGCUUAUGCUCACGCCCCGGCUGCCCCAUACCAAGGACCAAUCCACAUCCCAGUUAUUCAAAACGGAGUCCCUGUAGAACCAGCAGAAGUACAACAUGCUCGUGCUGCCCAUUUGGCCGCUCUUUCCGGAGCAGGUGCCGGUGGACAUGGUGGUUACGCUGGCGGUCCCUGGACCGAGGACGGCCAAUACCAUCAUGACGCCCAUGGCUGGUAAAGUACUCAUAACAACUCUCAUUCCCACCUAGUCCUUCACAAAGAAACUGCCAGGAGGAAAUGUCAAAUAUUUUGACAUGCCUCAAGAGGGAAUUUCACCUUCUUUCAUCUACGUCUUCCGUUUUCUUUACAUUCCUCUUCAAAUCUCCAAUCGGACUCUGAACCAAAUUAAAAACACCGACCCAGGCACCGUUAAAUGGACGCGAUAUUCACAUCGACUCGUACAGAAUUUUCUGGAUCUGAAAAUCCUGGUGAUACAUUUUACAAAAUAUAUAAUAAAGCUAAUAGGUCUUAUGUUAUUUUAAAGUUAAAGACAUACUUAAAUUAAUUUUCAUGUAAAAAAUGUAAAAAAAAUGGAAAUAUUAUUGUAAAUAAUGUUGUAGACAAACGCAAAGAACAUGCAAUAAAUGUGUAUUUAUCUGAAAAUCAAAA